AUGAAAUCCAUUCCCCUUCAUGUUUCCCGCCAGUUUUCAACUGCCUGUCAAAAAGCACUACUCCUGCCCACUGCCACGGUCCCUUCGGAGGCCGCUUCUUACAGUCAAGUCUUAGACAAAUGGCCAGAUAUCAGAACCUUGAAAAAAAUCCACUCCAGGAUCAUCUUACAUCUGAACCUCAGCUCCUGCAUUUCCUUUGGCAUCAAGUUGAUGCGGGCCUAUGCUGCUCGUGGCCAAACCAGUAUUACCCGCCAGAUAUUCGAUAGAAUUCCCGAGAGAAAUGUCGUGAUUUUUAAUGUUAUGAUUAGAAGCUACGUCAACAACCAUCUUUAUCAUGAUGCUCUCUUCAUGUUUAAGAGCAUGAAUUCGAGUAACACGAACCCUGAUUAUUAUACAUUCCCCUGCAUUCUAAAAGCUUGCUCUGCCUCUAUGGAUCUGCGGGUUGGCUUGCAAGUUCAUACCCAAGUUUUGAAGAUGAAUCUUGAUGGAAAUUUAUAUGUCGGGAAUGGUUUAAUAGCCAUGUAUGGGAAAUGUGGGAGUUUGACGGGUGCUCGUUCUGUCCUAGACGAGAUGCCCAGGAGGGAUGUUGUCUCUUGGAACUCAAUGGUCGUUGGGUAUGCACAAAAUGGAGCGUUUAAUGAUGCUUUGGAAGUUUGUAGGGAAAUGCAAACGUUUGGUCUGAACCCUGAUGCUGGCACCCUGGCAAGCCUGCUGCCUGCCGUUACUAAUACGUCUUCCGAGAAUGUUGCGUUUGUCGAGGAUAUGUUCAUGAAGGUUAGAAGAGACGAGUUGGUUCCGUGGAAUGUGAUGAUAGCAAUAUAUGUGAAUAAUUCUAUGCCUAACAAGGCGGUCGAACUUUAUAUGGAGAUGGAAGAGAGCGGGAUAGAACCAGAUGCUAUAACUAUUUCUAGUAUUCUCCCAGCUUGUGGGGAUCUUUCAGCCAUAAUGAUGGGACAGCGAAUUCAUAAAUAUGUCGAGAGGAAGCGAAUUUGGCCUAAUUUGUCUGUUGAGAAUGCCUUAAUUGAUAUGUAUGCCAAGUGUGGAUGUUUACAAGAGGCUAAGGAAGUGUUUGAUAAGAUGCAUUUGAGGGAUGUUGUGUCAUGGACCUCGGUUAUCUCUGCUUAUGGUAAGAGUGGGAAAGGUGCCAAAGUUGUUGCACUGUUCUCAGAAAUGCAGGAGUCAAUUACCCCCGAUGCUAUAGCAUUUGUCUCAAUUCUCUCAGCUUGCAGCCAUGCUGGUUUGUUGGAGGAAGGUCGACAUUUCUAUGAGUUAAUGACAAAAGAAUACAAGAUAGUACCUAGGUUAGAACAUUUCGCAUGCAUGGUUGAUUUGCUAGGACGUGCAGGACGAGUACGUGAGGCUUAUGACUUUAUCAAGCAGAUGCCGUUGGAGCCAAAUGAGACAGUUUGGGGAGCUUUUCUGAGUGCUUGUCACGUUCACAAGGACAUGGAUAUUGCCCUUGAAGCUGCAGAUCAUCUUUUCCAAUUAGCUCCAAAGGUAUCUGGUUAUUAUGUUCUCUUAUCGAACAUAUACGCAAAGUCUGGGAGAUGGAAGGAAGUGGCAUCCAUUAGGUCAAUCAUGAAGUGCAGAGGAAUAAAGAAACUGCCUGGUAUCAGCAAUGUUGAGCUGAAUAAUCAGGUGCACACUUUCCUUGCUGGUGACCAGUCACAUCCCCAAUCAACGGAGAUCUACGAGGAGUUGGAUGCAUUAAUUGGAAAGAUGAAGGAUGCAGGUUAUGUCCCAGAAACAGAGGAUGCCCUUCAUGACGUUGAGGAUGAAGAUAAGGAAAAUCAUCUGGUAGUUCACAGUGAGAAGUUGGCUAUUGUGUUUGCCAUGAUAAACACCAAACCAGGGACCCUGAUUAGGAUUACUAAGAAUCUACGGGUCUGCAGGGACUGCCACAUUGCUGCCAAGCUCAUCUCCAAGAUUACUGAGCGCCAAAUCAUUAUACGGGAUGCAAACCGCUUUCAUCACUUUGAGAAUGGAUUUUGCUCAUGCGGUGAUUAUUGGUGAAUCCACAUAGGUCAGCAAUACAGAAUGGUAUUCUUAUCGUAACAUUUUUGCUCUGAUGUUUCUGUUCGGUCAUUCGUACGAGGGAUUGAUCAAAGGUUUUCGAACCAAAAUUUCUAUUCUGUUGGCGACCUCAGAACCGACGGCGUACUGUUACAUGCCUUGAGUUAAUGUUGGUGGUGCGUGCAGAAUCAGGGUCCUCUUUGAGCUAUGGCCGAGCUUACAUCUAUAUAUGAGGGGCGUGCAGCCAUGUUGAGACUGGAAGACGUAAAGAAUGAUGCAGCCAUAUCUCCAAAUUUGUGGAAGCAGUCAUGAUCCUUGUCCACCUCUGAAGUUAAGCGCUGGUUUGUUAAUUAAAAUUGUUACAAAUAUGUCAAAUGAGUGUUAACACUUGAGAUCAGAUAUCA